AUGAACUGGGAAAAUGAAGUGCUUGAUCUUUUGGCAGGAAGAUCAUUAGAUUCUGGAAUACCCAGUGCCAUCAAUUUGGAAAUACAGGAGAAAUAUAGCGAUGUCAAGUUGGACUACCUAUUGUCACAUACAAAUCAAAGAGCUGCAUUAGCUGUUUUAUUAGCAAAGAUACCAAUUUUAGAUACAACUGAAGUCAUAAGGACACUAGAAAAUGUCUUGCAUCUGCUUAAGCUGCCCACAAUUGAAUGGAUUUGGUGGGUUGAUGAUUAUACGGUUACAAAAGGCGAAUAUAGAAUACAAAUUGAUUUUAAAGAACAUGCAAGAAAUUUAUUGAUCAUUGCAAAAGAGGUGGUAACCCAGAGGAAAGACUUAUUGAAUACCUAUAAAAUGGAGAUACUAGAAAGUGUUGGUGCUUUUAACAUAGAUGCUCCAUGGUGUGGUGAAAGUAUGUUGAAGAUUAGUCAAGAAGUUCUAUCACAUAUUGAUAUUGAUGACGAAGUUUUGAUCCAAUUGGUGAAUGGAUUGAAAUCAAAGCUCUCAAACUUGAAGAAUAAUAAAGUUUCACAAGCUGGUUACAAAAAAUUGAAUCUAAAUAAUGGGUUAAGACCAAGGUUAGGCUUCAAUGAAAUCGAAGAUCAACGCUACAAAUGGAAAACUGAAAACAUUGAUUCAAUAUCUCUUUUCAAAUUGCUACUAGAGAAUUUAGAAGGAUCAAAAGUGAAGGAAUAUUGGUGGAUAAUAUCACCAACAAUCUUGAAUAUCCUUGAUGAUUAUGAAGGCCCAAUAAAGUUAAAAGGUGUUGAGCUGUUAUCAAUAUUACUUUCCAAAGUUGAUGAUGAUUAUUUGAAACUAACAGGGAUGAUCGAUAUAUUUUAUGAUGCUAUUGCACCGCUAUUAACCUAUCUACCAAAGUUAACACCUACUAAACAAUCAGUAAUGAUCCAAAAGCAAACAUAUCCUGUGUUGAUACGAAUGUUUUCCAAGACUCCAGAUUUCAAAGAUCGUCUAAUAAAGUUGUUAAACACUGGUAUUUAUCAGUCCAUUAACAAUGUGCGUGAUAAUUUUGAGAUUUUGCCUAUUUUGACUGACCAUAUGAUCAGAAUCGUUGAAUGUUUGGGGAUUACCACAGUUAAAUGUCUUCCAAGAUUAUUAUACACUUUAGGAAUGAUAAUUGCUGAUCCUUUCAUCUAUUUACACCAAACACUGUUCUCCAAGGCGCUGCACUGUCUUAUUGCCAUUUUACUGAACGGUUGGCCUAGGAUUGAAAAUCAUAAAUAUGAUAUACUGGGAAUGAUAGUAUUAGGAUUCAAGAAAUAUGAAAAAUCUGAAGAUGUUGAAGAAAAGUUGAAGGUUUUAGUGGCAUUAUUACGCAAAGUAUGUGAUGAAGACAAGUUAGAGAACGAUAUCAAAGAGUUGGUCACCAAUGAUUCAACAUUGAAAGGAUUGUUCAACAAAAUAUAA